GCGGCAGUGGCGGCGGCUGGAGCGGCAGCCGGAGCGGCGGCCGCGGCAGCAGGACUGGGGGUAGCGGCUGCAGCCCGGAGCCCCAUGGUGCGGGUCCGCGGCCAGGCGGCAGAAGGAGCCCGAAGCCUGGGCCGUCCCCGCUGACCGCGCGGGCCCGCGCCGCCCGGAGCCGCCGCCGCCCGUCGGGCCCGCAGGGGCACGAGUUGGCCCGCCAUGGGGUCCCUGUUCCGGAGCGAGAGCAUGUGCCUGGCGCAGCUCUUCCUGCAGUCGGGCACGGCCUACGAGUGCCUGAGCGCCCUGGGCGAGAAGGGCCUGGUCCAGUUUCGAGAUCUCAACCAGAAUGUAAGUUCUUUCCAAAGAAAAUUUGUCGGCGAGGUGAAGAGGUGCGAAGAGCUGGAGCGGAUACUGGCGUACCUGGUCCAGGAGAUCCAGAGAGCGGAUAUCCCGCUUCCGGAGGGAGAGGCCAGUCCUCCCGCGCCGCCUCUAAAGCAGGUUCUGGAAAUGCAGGAGCAGCUGCAGAAGCUGGAGGUGGAGCUGCGCGAGGUCACGAAGAACAAGGAGAAGCUGAGGAAGAACUUGCUGGAGCUGAUCGAGUACACCCACAUGCUGAGGGUGACCAGGACCUUCGUGAGACGGAACGUGGAGUUUGAACCCACUUACGAGGAAUUCCCCACCUUGGACAGUGACUCCUUGUUGGACUACAGCUCCAUGCAGAGGCUGGGAGCGAAGCUGGGCUUUGUGUCCGGCCUGAUCAACCAAGGCAAAGUGGAAGCGUUUGAGAGGAUGCUGUGGAGGGCCUGCAAAGGGUACACCAUCGUGACCUGCGCGGAGCUGGACGAGCCCCUCGAGGACCCCGAGACGGGAGAAGUCAUGAAAUGGCAUGUGUUCCUAAUAUCCUUCUGGGGAGAGCAGAUUGGCCACAAGGUGAAGAAGAUAUGUGAUUGCUACCACUGCCACGUGUACCCGUACCCGAGCACGGCCGCGGAGCGCCAGGAGAUCCAGGAGGGGCUGAACACCCGCAUCCAGGACCUCUACACCGUGCUCCACAAGACCGAGGACUACUUGCGGCAGGUGCUGUGUAAGGCCGCCGAGUCGGUCUGCGCCCGCGUCGUGCAGGUGAAGAAAAUGAAAGCCGUCUACCACACGCUGAACAUGUGCAGCUUCGACGUGACGAGCAAGUGCCUGGUCGCCGAGGUCUGGUGCCCCGAGGCCGACCUGCAGGGCCUGCGCCGCGCGCUCGAGGACGGGUCGAGAGAGAGCGGUGCCGCAAUCCCCUCGUUCAUGAACACCAUCCCGACGAAGGAGACGCCCCCCACGCUGAUCCGCACCAACAAAUUCACCGAGGGCUUCCAGAACAUCGUGGAUGCCUACGGAGUGGGCAGCUACCGGGAGGUGAACCCAGCUCUCUUCAACAUCAUCACCUUCCCCUUCCUCUUCGCCGUGAUGUUCGGAGACCUCGGACACGGCUUCGUCAUGUUCCUGUUCGCCCUCCUGCUGGUGCUGAAUGAGGACCACCCGAGGCUGACUCAGUCCCAGGAGAUCACACGCAUGUUUUUCAAUGGCCGCUACAUCCUCCUGCUGAUGGGGCUGUUCUCCGUGUACACGGGCCUCAUCUACAAUGACUGCUUCUCCAAGUCUGUCAACAUCUUCGGCUCCGGCUGGAACGUGUCUGCCAUGUACAGUGCCAGCCACACGGCUGCUGAGCGCAGCAGGAUGUCGCUUUGGAAUGAGAGCGUGGUCAAGCACAACAGGGUCUUGCAGUUGGAUCCGAGUGUCCCCGGCGUGUUCCAAGGCCCUUACCCCCUCGGCAUCGACCCCAUUUGGAACUUGGCCACGAAUCGCCUCACUUUCCUGAACUCGUUCAAAAUGAAAAUGUCUGUGAUUUUGGGAAUUAUCCACAUGACUUUCGGAGUCGUUCUGGGAAUAUUUAACCACCUGCACUUCAGGAAGAAGUUCAACAUCUACUUGGUGUCCGUCCCGGAACUGCUCUUCCUGCUCUGCAUCUUCGGGUACCUCAUCUUCAUGAUCUUCCACAAGUGGCUGGUGUACUCCGCCGAGACCUCCAGGGCCGCCCCCAGCAUCCUGAUCGAGUUCAUCAACAUGUUUCUGUUCCCGGGGAGCAAGACGAGCGGCCUGUACUCGGGCCAGGAGCACGUCCAGAGGCUGCUGCUGGCCGUCACCGCGCUGUCCGUGCCCAUCCUCUUCCUGGGGAAGCCCCUGUUCCUGCUCUGGCUGCACAACGGGCGCGGCUGCUUCGGGGUCAGCAGGAGCGGCUACACGCUGGUGCGGAAGGACAGCGAGGAGGAGGUGUCCCUGCUGGGGAGCCAGGACGUGGAGGAGGGGAGCAGCCGCAUGGAGGACGGGUGCAGGGCCGUGACCGGCGAGGAGUUCAAUUUUGGAGAAAUCCUGAUGACCCAGGUGAUCCACUCCAUCGAGUACUGCCUGGGCUGCAUCUCCAACACCGCGUCCUACCUGAGGCUCUGGGCCCUCAGCCUGGCUCACGCACAGCUGUCCGACGUCCUGUGGGCCAUGCUGAUGCGCGUGGGCCUCCGGGUGGACACCACCUACGGGGUCCUGCUGCUGCUCCCCGUCAUCGCGCUCUUCGCUGUCCUGACCAUCUUCAUCCUUCUGAUCAUGGAAGGGCUGUCUGCGUUCCUUCACGCCAUACGCCUUCACUGGGUAGAAUUUCAGAACAAAUUCUACGUUGGUGCAGGCACCAAAUUUGUUCCUUUCUCGUUCAGACGCCUUUCGUGGAAGUUCAGUGACGAGGUGGCAUGAUUGCGUCGCUGCGUCCGGCCAGCUCACAGAGUGACAGAGAAUUAUCAUGUUGUAGAGAUUCGCUUAUGUCAGAUUUACGAUAGGGAAAAUUCUGUCCUCAUUGAUUGCCUUAUGAUAGAGCCAAAUAAUUCUGUAAGAUAUACCUCUUCCUCAUGUUAAAUAUUUUGUACAGUUUAUCAAUUUUAGAUAUAUAAAUUUAUUUCGGUUUUUAUGAUGAGCAAAUGUAAGUUAAUGCCAAAAGUUAACGUUCAAGUCAUUUUUUUAAAUGCAGGCUUGGGGGAGAGAAGUCCAUGCCGAAUGGCUAAUUGAACAUGGUCUUAGGUACUUAACUCCUUUUCACCUUAUUAAAAAAAGAAAAAAAAACCAGAGUUAUUCUGUCACCUGAAGUGAGAUGAUAUUUUCCAACAGCUGAAGUUAAGUAUAGUUUUUUAAAAACAUUAAUGACGGAUAAUCAAGACACAUUAUUCUGCUUGACUAAAAAGUAUGUGAACAUUUUUUACUGUAGGCUGCCUAGAAUUACGAGUAGGAGAUGGUUUCUACGAUUUUGUCUUGUUUUAUAAUUGGGGAAGUGGGAUAAUCGGACCUACAACAAGGGUUAUCCUGCUUGUAUGUAUUUUUAAAGACCUCUCACCCUGUUAUCCCUCCGUAAAACCAGUGACGAUGAUUGUGUGUUUGGAAGAAACUGCACACGGAGCCUUACAGCGCAGGGGGCGCCUGGCGGAGGCGCAGCACGGUGGGGGCUGGAACGUGUGUGGGCCGGCUUGGCUGGUGGGACUGGACCCGAAGGGGUUCAUAUUGAGGGCAGGAAAGGUGAAAAGCAGUCAGCCGUGUAUUUUUAUACCAAAAUACAAGUUAAGGUAUUUCUGCCGUGAAGAGGUUGAAGCCUGCCCUGAACACAGUGCGUUGAUAAUUGUUUGACUCUCAGACUAAGUCUAAAUAAAGGUCUGAUGAAGGCAUGUAGAGUGAAUGGAAACUUUAAACUAAUUGUUCAACUAAACUUUAAAACUGAUUGUUAGCCAUUAAUUUAGAGUCUUUAAGUUCACCAGCUCCCUUGACAUUUGGUUUUACAUGGAUGUCAGUCCUGUUGAAUGUUCCGAUCUGUCUUCUUGUAAAUUAUGCUGAUUUUUUAUAUUUUAUUGUACCUGAUUUUAGAGAAUUAUUUUCACAAAGAAAUUUGCAGUGUUUCCACGGUCUCACCUUUUCCGUGAGAUGCAAAGGCUCGUUUGCCGCCACCCGCCGUCACCCCGGCUGGUAGAAGACCGUGGAAUGUUCUUCACAAGCUAAAGUGAUGCUGAUGCUAAAUUCAGGCCUCUCUCUGGGUGAUUUCAAGGCCUGUUUGCUGAGAGGCAUGACCCGAACAUCAUGACAUUAAACUUUUAAAAAUGUAGGAAAGAUCCUACGCUGCUCCUCCAUGAAAUGUUACCCAAAGUCAUCUGAGAUUACCGGGUCUCAUCCUUGAUAUUAAAAUAGCAAACAUAAAAGGGUCCCGAUGAAACUCUGGAAAGUGAUUCUGCUCUCAAAGUUCCCCCAGAAAGUUGGACAGUUUUGGGAGUGAGUAUGAAAUCUAAAUAAUGCCGUCCAGGCUCAAACUUGUCCCUCACGAGUGGUCAUUUUUUGAUUACUUUACUCCAAGGGUCUGUUGUAAUAAAACAGGGGCGGUUUCACCCAGGAAAGUCAGGAUUUCCGGGCACCACUAACCAACAAGGACACACAAGAUGUGCGGCACCUGCUGGGGCGCGUCGGGGCCCCACCGCGAACAGUCUUGGGGACCCCUCUUAAAUUCUAAUGAACACCUCUUCCCAGGGGAUGGAACAGAGAGUGGAGGGUCAUUUGUUCCACUGAAACUGUAGGAUGUAAUUACAGUAAGCAUUAAUAGUCCUAACAGAACUCUCUAGCAAUAUGGUUUAAUGGUGUCUUUUAGGCACCAGGGGAAAUUUCACUUCUUGCCACGGCUCUUGGUUCCGGGGGCCGUCUGCACAGCAGUCCCUCUGUUCUGCCCGUAAGCCUUCGGUAGGACUGUCGUGGCACAGUUCUCAGUGCAGACUUGAUUCUCUCUACCCAGCUCUCCAGAGGAACAGACAUUGUCUAGACGGUGCCAAAUAUGUUUACUUUCCUAAAGAGAAGUGUCACGGGGACCACACCUUCCAGUUCUCGUUUUCUGUGUUCAUGGAGUCGUGAAAAGCCCAGGGGUCCCCUUCAGGGAAGUAGACUCUGGCCUCCUCCCGAAGGGGACUUAAUUGUGUCCAUUAGUAAGUGCAAAGGUGUCUGAUCGGGUCACUGAGCCCUGUGGCCUUUCCUUUCAUUGUGGGUACGGCUUGAAAAGAUACUGUUCACCGAGUGCCUCCUACCCACAGUGCUGGAAUAGGCAUUUUAAAGCAACAUUCUGGUCUCAGUUUUCAACCUGUAAUAGUUUAGGAAGUCAUAGCAUAUAGCAUAGGGAGCUCUUAUGGACAUUUUAGAAUUUUGUUCAUUUUGGAAAAACCACACGCACAAAAAAAAAUAACUUCAACAACUUUUUCAGUCUGCAUUUAAAAACAAUAAAAUUUCUCAAUUAAAAAUUUAAAGCCAGGUUUGCUUGCAUGUCAUCUGGUAAAUUUCCAGCAAGAUUAUUGAGAAAUCUUAAUUCAAGAUCAUGAAAAUAAGGCAGUUCCGAGCAAUAGUUUCCAGGUAACCAGGCCAACGAUGCUGGGUUUUGGUUUAACAUGUUAAGAAAUAUUUAGAACUUGCCACUUAUUUCCUACAUAGAAAAUGGAGAUCUAGGGGCUCAACUCUGCAAGGGGUGACAACUGAGCAAAUCCAAGCUCCCGAAUGCAUGAAAGGACAAAUUUGCAUCUUCUUAUCAGUAUUGAACUUUUCACUGAUGAACAAUAAAUAUAUCUAUAUUUUUAA